CGCUGGACAGCCCUCUCUCCUCCUCGCGCUGGUGGCAGACCUACACGGUUCGUGGCGUUCAGGGUGCUUGAGUGUCCGCACCAACUCUGUCACAGCAAGAGCCGCGGCUUCAGCCCCAGCUGUCCACAAACCGAGAGCAGGUUGUAGUCCGCGAACAGCGAAGCGAAGGAAAAGAAAAGUAGUUGUUGAGGAAGGGAAACAGGUCGGCUACUGCGGGUGCUGCUGCCGCUGGGGAGGGUUAUUUCAGGUGCACUUUGUUAGCACACUUUGAUAGGUCGUUUGCUCCGCAUAUUACCGGACGGAAGAUACCAGAAGUAGAAAGGGAACCGAGUUGGACGUUUCCUUUCUUCCGCAAAAAAAGAGACUUUGCCCUCUUCUAAAUGCUCCAGAUGGCAUCAACUGAGUCGCGGCUCCAGCAGCAGCCCUCGCAGAAGGAUGCGGCCGACCAGAACUUUGACUACAUGUUCAAGCUGCUGAUCAUUGGCAACAGCAGCGUGGGGAAAACUUCCUUCUUGUUCCGCUAUGCGGACGACUCCUUCACCUCCGCUUUCGUCAGCACCGUGGGCAUCGACUUCAAGGUCAAGACUGUCUUCCGCAAUGACAAGAGGAUCAAGUUGCAGAUCUGGGACACGGCAGGGCAAGAACGCUAUCGUACCAUCACCACAGCCUACUACAGAGGAGCCAUGGGCUUCCUGCUCAUGUAUGAUAUCACUAACCAGGACUCCUUCAACGCAGUUCAGGACUGGGCAACACAAAUCAAGACAUACUCGUGGGACAAUGCUCAGGUGAUCCUGGUUGGUAACAAGUGUGACCUGGAGGAUGACAGGCUUAUACCCACAGAGGAUGGCCAGCGACUGGCUGAGGAGCUAGGUUUUCAGUUCUUUGAGGCCAGUGCCAAGGACAACAUCAACGUCAAGCAGGUGUUUGAGCGUCUAGUGGAUGUUAUCUGUGAGAAGAUGAACGAGAGCAUGGAAGGAGAUGCCAACCUCAUAGCCAACCACAGCAACCAGGGCCUUAAAGACUCACCUUCAGAGAGCCACGGAGGCUGUGCUUGCUAAACCAUCUGCCUUCUUAGUCUCCCAACACACACACACACACACACACACACACACACACACACACACAGAAGAAUAACCAUGAAAAGUGCACCUUCCCUUUCACUUGAGCCACACCGAGCUCUGCCCCAACCACACAGCACAGAUAAUCUUCAUCAGCACAUCCUCCUCCACCUGUCUUUCCUUUGAAGAGCCCCACUCUGUCGCUUUCUUUCUCUUAAGGGAGACUUUAAGGCUGCAGACUUUAAGCCUCCACAUACACCGCUUUGACUGCUGUAGCCCCAUUAACUACCACGAGAAAUCUAGUGAAACAUUUAUUCAGUGCAUUUAGUUUUCUUAGACAAAUAUUUUUAUAGACAGCAACAAGCUAGCUAGCAGUUUAUCUCGAAAAUUUUGAUUUGAUCAAUGAACUGUUUAAAUGUGUUAUACUGUAGAAACCAGUUAUGUCAUGUUCCAAUAGGACUUCUCUUCAGUCUAAUAUUUAUUAAGGUAUUGAUUUCUGAUGGAUUUUAGCAGCUCCAAGACGUUUUGUGCUUGUUGAGUCUUGUCCAGGAUGCUCCCCUCUAGGGACUGAUUAAAGGGAGGAAGCAUGAAUGAGUCUUACACAGCGUACUGAAAGUUUUCAGCAUUGCCAACCCUCAAGGGCAAGUUUGACAAGAACUUUGCUUUCUUGUCAGGAGUAAAAAAAAAAGAAGGUACCACUGCUGCAUAUGGUAAAUAAAGCUACUGCCUAGAGCUGGUUAAUUUGGCCAAGCAUAAAGACAUCGAUAUACCAAACUUCAUAUUCAAAACAUGCUGAUUUUUUUCCCCCACUCAGAAUAUAGUAAAUCAGCUGCAGUAGAAGCGUAAUAACUACUGUACAAACACGUGUGACCGAUCUUCUCUUCAAACCUAAUAAACGUAACUCAUACGAUUCGUUCAAGUCCAGUCUAGAGCUUCCCUUCACCUCUUCUUCUUGCUGUUUACUAAAUGUCAGGUCUGCCACACAGUGUGAUGUACCAGUGUCAGCAAGCCCCUCAUGUGACAUGCCCUCAGUCACCCCAUUGUGCCACUCUUUUCUUUAACGCCUUCUGUCUCACACACACAAACACACACAAACACACACACACUGCUCCCUUAACUGUAGCAUGGCACUGUGUUUAAUAAGUGAGCAGUUACAAUGUGGUGAAUUAUCUUUUUUUUUUUUCCUUUGUUUGUUACUGACACGACUGUUUUGAAGAAGUGCAGCACAUUAUGUGUGUUUGUGCUCAGAAAGGGGGACAACCACUGAUCUGUGAGGACGAUAAGUCCGGACACCAACCGUGCUGUUGCAACUAUCAGGAGGAACAGUGAGCCGGUGCAGAGCAUCACUUUAUUCCCCAUUACUGUUAUAAAUCAAUGUGAAUAAAAUGCAGUUUUAGAAUGACUCCACAUUUGUAGCCAGUUAAUUGUAUUUUAUACAUUUUGUUUUGUUCCUGCUGUUUGGACACGAUUUCAGUGUUGAAAGGUCAGUUUGACCCUCCUGAAAACGUCAUCCUGAUGGGAGAGAUUGAAAUUUGGAGCAUCUCUAUGGAUUUCACCACAAAUCAGGGAUGGGAAAAAAAGAAUUGUGUGGGUUUUUAAAAAAAAUCUUUUUAUUUUUGUCAUAUUAUUACCAUCCAUGUGCAGACUGUUGACUGUCAGUUAGUAUUAACCAUAGCCUCUGUACAGCGAUAGCAGCCUCACGCUGCUAACUGCUGGUCAGCCCACUCCCUGCUACUGUACGAGCCUGCGGUCAGUUAUCUCUCCUGUCAGCAUGUGCUGCUGAAUAGUGAUAUAGUUUGACAGGUAUUAGAUGUUAUCAUAUCACAUGUCUGUGGCACACUGGCUUUGAUGCAGGGGUCUAAAAUAGGGACGUUGUGUGCAAGAUCAGUGAUUCAUAACACUAUUUGUAUUAUAUCAUGCAGUUUUGCAGUGUAUUAAAAUGGCAUGCAAAAACCAUGUUUCUCUUACUGAGCUUCUGAUGGUGACUGCUGCUUGAAACAUGCUGUUCUGCUCUGUCCACUGAUAUCAAAUUUUAGUUCAUCAGGUAUCUGCAAUUGUGCUCAGAUGCUCAUGUGCAAACAGGUUAUAACCUCAGCUUUUAGUCCUAGAGAUGUUCUUUCUUUCUUAUGUUUAUAGCCUCUAUGUUUUAAUGUGUUACAUUCCUGAUUGAUAGCUUUCUAAAAGACGGGAGAUCAGAUCCUUUGUGCCGUUUACUAUAUUUUCUGAAUGUGCAGGGUGAACCCAUUGUUUGGAAAGAAAAAAGUGCAUCUUAUAAACAAGGACAAUGUAGAAAUCUGUUUAUGAAAAUAAAGAAUAUAUUCACUACAAAAAAGAGGGGGAGAGCACAAUAGUCUGUUCAUCUAAAUAAAUGAGUCCUGAAACCUG